UGAUUGUGGGAAUGUAUGAUACACUUCGAUAAAGCGGCACGACACGAGAACCCUCUCAUCGUGGCCGCCGGUAAAACUACAUUCCCGAUCCUGCGGACAGAAUGGAAAGCAGUCGACGUCGCCCAAAACACGUCAUCUCGGAUCCUCCCGAUCCACUAACGGUGCUUCUAGGUACUUCAAGCAACGGUCACCGUUCUCGUCGAACCUGUCGCUUGCGACGAAGGGCUCGACGAGUAAAUUAACUCUCAGACACAGCCCACUGAGUUUCUCGCCGGAUCUUCUCAGUGGGUCGCGUUUCCGGUCCGGUGGUAGAUUCUGCGAAGCACGACUCUUGCUAGGGUUCGUGCUAGCAUCGUAGUCAGGUUUGAGCCUCGUGAGCUCACCUACUAGUUACGGUUACGCUGGAAUAGCCUAUCUAGGGUACCAGCAAGGUAGAAAAAAAAAGAAGGGAAUGUACGCAAAAUUGUGUAGUGAGAUAAUUGUGAUAAAAUGAACUGACACAAUGUCAGGGGGUAACUCUAAGAACAAGGCGAAAUCCAAACGCCAUGAAGGUUGGGAGGAAGCCGGCGGGGAGUUCUACCAGGAACUCUACCCCGGGGGGGAACAGGAGCUGUUUGAUAACCUCCAGAGAGCUGAUGCAGCGAAACUGGCGACGCUACUACCAUCAAAACAGGCUAGGAACACGACGACGGUCAAACGCGCCAGAUCCCAGACUGAUCGGCGCCAAUCUACCUUCGCUAGGACCAUGCAGAGCCGGGACAUACAUCUCUCGAUGUUGCCAGACUUAUCAGAAAAUCUAUCGAACGAAGAACGCUCGUGGGAGGAGAUAAUGCAGAUAAAAGCGCUACCUGUCCCGAUGAGUCAGAAGAUCGAGCUUAAAGCUCGAUUGCAGAACGCUACGAAACUUCGCCUCCAAGGUUUCGAGCAACUCCACUGGAGGCAGAGGAAGGUGUGGCACCGUUUCCGUAUAGGCUGCACUGAGACGUUUAGCAAGCUGGAGCUCUGGCAGACCCCCAUGCGUGAAAUAGAAGGAAAAUUCGGAACGGGAGUCGUCUCUUAUUUCCUGUUCUUGAGGUGGCUCUUCCUGUUAAACUUCACAAUAUCGAUACUGGUCAUCGUGUUCCUGAUCCUACCAAAGACAUUGUUGACUGAGAGGGUUUACGAAUGCGACGAGACGGAAGCGAAUUCAACAGUUUGCUGUUCUAUAGCGUAUUUUGAGAAGAACACGACGAAUUCAAAUAUAUUUUUAGACGUUAUCCAGGGCACUGGCUGGAUGGAGAGAACCAUACUCUUCUACGGAGUUUACACAGAUCAAAUAUACACGUACUACGUAAAUAGUUUAUACCAUACGAAACUGUUCUACAAUAUGCCAAUGGCUUACAUUUUGGUGCCGAUUUCUUGGACUUUAUUGUCCCUGAUCGCGAUCGUGAAGACGGCCGCCAGGGGCUUCAAGCAGAAGCUAAUCGAAAGCGAGGGUCAGUUCUACAAGUACUGCAACCUCGUUUUUGGCGGUUGGGAUUUUUGCAUACACAACGACAGAUCGGCGAGAAUCAAACACCAAGCUCUGUACAAUGAGAUCAAGGGCUGCAUCGAAGAGGAGAGAUUCAAAGAAGAGAAACAGUCACGCAGCCGGGAGAGUCAGAUAUUGAUGCACCUAAAAAGAUUGUUUAUUAACCUGAUCGUGUUUGUGAUACUCAUAGCGUCCGGUUUUCUAAUAUACGUAGCCUUCAACUUCUCGACGGAGAGACUCAACGAAAGCAUAGGAUCUAACGAGAAUCGAACCAGGACGAUGCCGAUAGUGUACACUACGAUGUCUUUCAAUCAAUUGGAGAACGUACUAAUGGAGUUUUUGCCGUUUAUUUGCAUUGUCGUACUGAAUCUUAUCAUACCCGAGAUUUUUAGUUACAUGAUCAGAUACGAAGGCUACAUGCCGCCACAUGUUAUCAUUAUAACGCUCCUAAGGACUGUGUUACUGAGGCUAUCCUCGUUAGGCGUAUUGUUAAGUCAAAUCUAUUUGUAUAUAUCGACGAAUGGCAUCGUGUGCGCGAAGCAUAACACGGAUACAACGAAGUUAGAAUGCUGGGAGACAUACGUCGGUCAGCAGUUCUACAAGUUGAUCUUGACCGAUUUCGCCGUUCAAUUCGUGACCACGUUCCUGAUAAAUUUGCCUAGGGCGUUUAUGGCUCGUCACACGCGGAGCCGCUGCUUGAAGAUGUUCGGCGAACAGGAAUUCUAUUUGCCUAAACACGUAUUGGACAUUGUUUACGUGCAGACCAUAAUUUGGAUGGGUUCGUUCUUCUGUCCCUUUCUACCCAUUAUAGGAUCUAUGUUCUAUUUCAUGAUAUUCUAUAUAAAAAAGUUCACUUGCCUCGUAAACUGUACGCCCUCGCCGGUCGUGUAUAAGGCGUCCAAAUCGAAAUCACUCUUCAUGUCGGUUCUAUUGCUCGGUUUCGUCAUAUCGAUUCUGCCGGUAGCGUAUUCGGUGGCGGAAAUCUUGCCGUCUAUAAACUGCGGUCCUUAUCGAGGCUACACCACCGUGUGGGAAUUCGUCAUACAAACAUUCAACAACUUUCCGUCGGUUAUUAGAGAGGUCAUAUUCUUGUUAAGCACUGCAACGUUCGCGGUGCCGGCUUUCGCUGUGACAUUAUUCUUCUUGUAUUAUUACUGGGCCGUCGCGACAGCCAAUAGGCACAUGGUGGCGGUCCUUAAGAACCAACUGGUCUUAGAAGGCCACGAUAAACAGUUUCUGUUGAACAGACUGAGCGCGUUUAUACGGCAGCAUCAGAAGAGGUGCGACAGAAGAAAUAGGCCCAGUUUUGCGGACGAUGACUCCUCUAUAAGACAGAGUUCUAGAUAGAUUGGUGUAAUUAGCUCGGUAGUUAGACGACACCCUGUAUGUGCACUCUGAAAAGCAGGGUUGUCACCAAUGUCCACUGUAAAAAAAACAGGUUCUCAUUAAAAGAUACCUAUUGGUUUGUUACCGAUGACUAGGGUUCGUAUAAUAAACGAAAUUCUGCUAUAAUCAUUAGCUUUGAUUUCUCGAGAUUUAAAUCCGGUUUAUGUAUGACUACUUCUUUUUUUAUUUAUAAUUGAAUUUUUGUGUUGUUAAAAUUGGAAAUGAGUUGUCUCUGAACUUGUCUAUAUAUAGAUUUCAAAAGCGUUAAUCAGUAAAAUCAGUAUUUCAGUUUUUCAAAUUAUACGUGACCUGAUUUAUCGCAAAUAUCUUUCAGCUAUGUUCAGAAAGAAAAAGUUGCAAGAUUAUCUGCUUGAAAUCUGGUCUUAAAAAUAUUAUAGUCUAGACCAGUGAUUCUCAACCUUUUUUUUGUUGCGGCACAUAUUUAACGAUUUCAAAAAUUUGGCGGCACACAAAAAAAAAAAGAAAAAUUAUUUACUUACUACAACACACUGCAUAAAUAGUUUAUCAAAAAAUUUUAAUAUACGAAAUAAACUAAAAUAUACUAUAAUUUUUUUGUUUGUGGAUUUAAAUAUAUAUUCAUGUUUAAAAUAUUUUGCUUUUCAAAUGAUAUAAUUUAAUAAUAUUAACAUUAUUAUAUAUUCGCAAAAUUUGGCGGCACACUUUUGAAAUUUGGCGGCACACAAAAGUGCCGCGGAACAGUGGUUGAGAAUCACUGGUCUAGACUGACGAGACUGAUAAAAUCGAUUUUGAUACAAAUUACAUGUAGCAUCCGAAAACAGUUUCAAUCCUGUAUAAAGAUGUAUUUGAUUAAUAAUUGAAAUCGAAUGUUUAUAACGCACAUUAAUUUACAAUAUACUGUUAGGGUCUUUCGUAAAAUAAUUUACGCUUCACACGACCGCGAAGUGAGAUGCCACUGCAUAUUGAUAUUAAGAUCUCGGAAUGUAGUCUCCCAAUUUGCGACAAACUAAUGUCUAGUCACUAAACGUUAUUAGUAGACUAAUAUGUUUUACAGUUUGUGCUAGUCAUAGAUGUUGUGAGGCGCUUCCCAUAGACACAAACCGUGGAGUUUCCCGUCGGAUCUUCUCGGCAGGUCGCGAUUUCGAUCCGGUAGUGGAUUCAGCGAAGCACUGCUCUUGCUAGAGCCAGAAUCAGACUCCCCUGCACUCUUCGCUCAAGCGUCCGAUCCCCUCCGAGGUUAGAAGCGGGCUAGCGUAGUUAACACUUCAACCAGACGGCUCAGCUCACCCCAAGGACGCACGGUCAACGGAGCCUUCGAGAUGAAUCGAAGGCUCUGAUGAACGUCAGCCGUCUUGGUACAACCCGUCAGGCUGCCCAGACGGUGCCGCUCUUGCCCCGGAAUACCCCGGUGGACUAAAACCAGCCUGCCGGGUCGGGACGCGAUAUACCGCCAACGGUUUUCUCUUUUAUUUUCCCUUGGCAGCGCGCUAGAGAGCUCAACUUCCUUAAGCUGUCCCAUGACCUUCACCAGGGGAUACGCAUGUCACCUGUAAUUUCCCAUUUUUAUCGCACCAUGGUACAUGUACGUAUUUCUUUAGAACAAUUAUUGAUUGCCUGUGGGAUUCGAACACUGGCAAGGUCGCACCACUCGAUACGAGUAAGCUGAACGACGUAUCCAUUAGGCCAUGACAACUUGUAAAAUUCAUACUAAAGUAUGAAGUACGUAAAAGUAGAAAAGGAAAUUAAUAUAAAAUUGACACAAUCGAAUCGAGAAUUGAGUUGAUCGUUUAUAUAAUACCUAAGGUAAAUUGUUAUUUUUAAUUGUGCUAUUUUUUUUAUAAUUCGGUAAAAUGGAACCUAAAACAAAGGAGUAAGGCUAAAAUUCGUCUUUGUCGCGUUGAAUUAUCACCGUAACGUAGUACCCGAAACUAAUUUGUUUACAAAAUUUAGUCAUAAAAGCUAAAAUAUAAUCUUUCGUAUUAUAACGGAGUUCCUCUAUGACAUUACUUAGUUUAUUAAAUCAAAUUAAAAUUUUAAAUGGCUAUUUUAAAUUUAAAUAUAAUUUAAUAAGAAAAAAUCAGUGACUGUGUGUAAAAGUAUUUAAUUUUAUUCUAAGAUUAUAUCAAAUAUGUAAAAUUAUCUUUUUAUUCUAAAUCUUUACAUUCCUUGGUGUAUUUAUUUAUUUUGAUUAAGAAAAUAUAGAUUUAGUUAAUAUUUACGGCUCUCCGCGUUUAUUUGCGACUUAAAUUUUUACAUUUGCUGAUAUUGGUCUUUUGCUAUUAUGUGUGUAAUACGGCUCUUUAUAUAAGAUAAUGGUAAUUGUUGUCAAAGCAAUUUGAUUUAUUUGUCAAAAUGCGUUUCCAAUCAACUAUUUAUUAUUUAAGAUGUUCUAUUAAAAUGAUGUAGAAAACAAAAAAAUACUCGCGUACAUACGCGAUGUUGAACAAAAUGCGCCUACGUUACUGACGAUUUUGCGUGUUUUCAUUCUUAACGCCUCACUCUAUUCCUAAAACGGUAUGUUGUACAAAAAAAAUUAUUUAUUAAUUUAUAUGUGUAUUUGUAUAAAGGCGAGCUUUACUCUAAGCUCUAACACAUUAAUGAGAUUUUCGAGCAAAGGACUCCGACCUUCGAUUUUUGUAGCUAUUUGUAAGUCACACAUAAGUUAGGUAACCAUCCUAUGUCUUGACAUCGCCAAUGCGUAUUGACAGAUACCCGCGACUGAUUUACUUAAAUUUUUUUAUCCUUCGUUCUGGUUUAUAAUAGAUGAAAUGCCAUUACGGGACUGAUCGAAUGAGAAAAUACAUAACUACACAAUCGUAGUCCGUAUAGAAGUGAUUAUUUCAAAAAUGAGUUUUUUGUGUUUUGGUUAUGUCGAGAUAUAAAUGAAUCCUAAACUGUUCUAAUUCCUAAUUCAUCUCAGUAGACAAACCAAGGAUUGUAGAUAUCUAAUAUAUAUAAGAAAACUGUGUGAGGUGUUACAAGGCAGCUUCCAAUCUUCAAAACUGGCAUCAUACUUUGUCCAUACUGAUCUGACCUGAAUACUUACUAUAUCAACACGUCUUUAUUAGCUUCUAUCUAACGUAGUAACAAAAACAUUCGAAGUAAUUUAUUCACCAAUUUCAAGACGUCUGGUUACAAUACAAUAAUUUUAAAACUUCGGGCUAAAAAGGCGACCGGAUCAUUAGAAUAAAAAAAAAAGAUAGGAUCAUUUAAACUUUUAGUUUGGCUUGCUAAAAAAGCGUGUUUCUUUUAGUUUUAAAAAUGUUUUUUUAUCAUCCGAUCCCAGUACACUAUUCAAGGUCAAGUCACUAGGUCGGUGAGGCUUUUAAAUGGUCGGCAAUAAAAGUUUUUAUUAUACGAAUACUUACUUGUAAGCCAUGUAUCGAGUGCUAAUUUUUUUUUUUCGUGUGUGAGAUGUUUGUUUGAGGCUGUUAAAUUAUUCCGAUCUUAAUUCAAAAUUUAGUAUUUUAAUAAGAUGAACUUGUUGCGAACAUAAAUCGGAUUGUACCAAGGGAUAUUAUCUUUGAUGAGAAUUUUACUUUAUAAUGCGCAAAUGCUUAUUAGUUGCUCCUUGUGGGUUUUUGAGUAGCAUCCAUGCGGGUGGAGGGGCAGAGACGCGACCAUCAAGCUUCUAAAAAAGUUAGUGAUUCAGCCGAUAUAGACAAGUGUUCAAUUACUUAUCUUUUAACUUCAUUGUUGGUUGUUCACCCAUCAUUAACCUUCGACUGUGAUAAUUUUAAUUCAUUGUUAUAUCAAUAUUCAAAUUGUAAUUUAGAACGUUCUCGCCAAAGACCUCUCUUCUUGUGCCACGAUUUAUUUGGCCAUCUCAUGUAGCUUAAAUGUGGUAGUAGAAAAUCAAAAUACUUUAAAACAACAAAAUGCUCAAACGAUGCCAAUUUCAUUAUUAAAUUUAAUUUUAUAAAAUAAGGAUUUUUAUACUUUUUUUUAAUAUUUAUUUUUAUUGUUAGUCAUUAUAAAUGUAGAUUGUGUCCUAGGACUCCUAGAGAGAUACAGUACGCACUCCUAAGCUAGGAGUGCGUACUGGAUCUCUCUCGCACAACUUAAGGGUGGUGAGGUCGUGAACUGUUAUGCGCAUACGUAUUUUCGUUUAUUUGAUAAUUAAUGAACGGAAUUGUACAAUCUGUCAAUGUCAUGUACGCCCAAGAUUUUGUACAGUGGCGUACAUUUUAUCUGUCUAUAUUCAAGUACAUAUUUAUUCGACUGAAUACUCUUUAAUAUUGAAAAACUGCCAAACAAGGCUCCGAGUGUAAUGCAAAUAAAUGUAAAUAAAAUUAAAUUAAUAGCAUUUAUUAGAAUGUAAUUUUAGUGAUAAUGAUCUCAACUGUACGUCGGAGGAAUACAGUUUCGACAUGGACGUGCAAGCUAAGUUACGAAUGAAUAAUGAACUUUAGAAUGUUUUUAUAUAUUUGUAUAAUUAGGUGAAUUAACAAGCGUUCGGGACGUAUCAGGGACGUGGAACCGCUUCGUCAUACUCAGUUAUAAUAAGAGGGUAGUUCUGUUUCAAGUGAUUACUAGAGCCCAUGAAUGUGAAUACUCACUAGUUUUUUUUUUAUUGUUUCGAUGAGUGGACGAGCUCACAGCCCACCUGGUGUUAAGUGGUUACUGGAGCCCAUAGACAUCUACGACGUAAAUGCGUCACCCACCUUGAAAUAUAAGUUCUAAGGUCUCAAGUAUAGUUACAACGGCUGCCCCACCCUUCAAACCGAAACGCAUUACUGCUCCACGGCAGAAAUAGGAAUGGUGGUGGUACCUACCCGCGCAGACUCACAAGAGGUCCUACCAUCAGUAAUAAACGGAUGUUUACGAAUAAUACGUAUGGGAUGCGAAGCCAACGGCGAUCAGGAAUACUCAUGAAAAACUUUACGUUACGUAAGCACGAACGCCACAAUCCGAUCUAUUUUGAAGAACAUUGUGCUUAGUGCGAGUUUUUUAACGUUCUCGAUAGCGUAAAAGUUAGCCCAAUUUUGUAUGCAGUUGGAACAGCGCCCCUAGCGGCAAACGUAGGCAAACGAUCCCAUUCCAUACACAAAUAUGAGUUAACUUUUACGCUAUCGAGAACGUUAAAAAACUCGCACUGAGCACACAGACGGCUGUCUCACCUGUCGGUCCACUUCGAUAAAACAUAUCUCAUACACUGACAGACUGAUUAGCGGCAACAUCUUACGGAACUAUAAACAAAGCGUUUAUUAAUUGUGAAAACAUUCCUUCGCUUACGUAUUGCCCUGGACAUCCAUCAGGCACGCGACCCGUCCUUGAAAUCCUAUCAUGAUUGUCGUAAAACGCACGUACCUAUUGUAUAAUCUGUAAUACUUGUUAAGCUGGCAACAAUAAUGGAAAAAUGUUACCAGCAUUACCAAUAGCACUGCCAUAAAACUUAAAUGUAUUUAUUAUGAUCGAUGUGUUAAUGUCUAAAUAAAUUAUUGUACAAUGUG